AUACAAGAGUAUGAUAAUAAUAAAUUACCUAAUUUGGUCCUUAUGACCCUGUGAGGCAGGUGCUGUUACUCAUCUCCAUUUUACAAAUGAGGAAACUGAAGCAGAGAUUUUGUGUCUUGUUGGGUCCUAGAUCUAGUAAAUGUCUGAGGCGUGAUUUGAACUCAGGAAGAUGAGUCUUCCUGACUCCAGGCCCGGCACUCUGUGCACUAUGGCACCCCCUAGCGGCCCUGUAUAUAUAGUAUCUAGUAUAUGAACUAUAUGGAAUAUGAUUUGGAGGGUGCUAAAAAGAAAGUCGGCUAGAAAAUCUCUCUUCUUCCAAGUACCACCACACCAGAAAUUCCACCAUUCCAGAUUCAUUCCUUUGGAUGAAACAUUGUCCUUCCUGGCAGUCCUCUUAAUAUAGAUAUGCAUGUUCCUAACAGAGCAAAUACAGUCACUAACAACUUGUCAGGUUGUCUUACUCAAGUUAUAUCAGACAAGGAAAGGGAGGAGACCUGGAGAUGACACAGAAUGUCGGAAGUUUGCCAGAGCCUAACCUUGACCUUUGGAUCAAAGCUUCUCUUGCUUUCUGGGCCUGGAUCACGGUUAUCUGGAGCAAGGAUAGGGCAAGUAUACAGCAGCAGAAAAUGGCGGGCAGAUGGGACUACUGCAGGCUAAGUGGUUUACAAUUACUAUCUCACUUUAUCCUCAUAGCAAGCCUGAAAAGUAGAUGCUGUGAUGAUCCCUACUUUUCAGUUGAGCAAACUGAGGCAGACAGGUAAAGUGAUUUGCCUAGGGUCACACAGCUCAUUAGUGUCUGAGAUUGGAUCUGAUCUCAGGUCUGACUCCACGCCCAGCCCUCUUUCUCCAGUGGGCUACCUUGUAGCCUCUGUUAGGUGUCAGUAAGUAGCCCCCAAUUCCAGUUUAAUUCUUGGCAUCCAAUAGCUUUUACAAGUGCAAACAUUCUGCCCAACACUCAUGUCCCUACACCACCUUAAUUUCUGGGCAGAGUAGGCUUGUGGCACUAGACUCACCAAGUUCACCUAGAGAUACACCAUGACCAGAUGAGUUCUUAGCAACCAUGGGCUGGCUUCCAAGGGUCAUUCCUUGCUUCUGACCUUUCAAAACUUGAAAGGUUGGAGUCUCCAAUCCAUUCACCUCAAAUGGAUAAGAACAAAGGCGGAGGCCAAGGACAUUUCAUAGGGCCAUAUUUUGGCCUCAGUGGGAGGAACCAAAACGUCUUCCCUUCUACGGUGAUUGCUCACCAAAGCUGAGGAGUCAUACCAAGAAUAGAACUGCUAAAAAUGCAGGUGAAGAGAAAAUGUCCAAGGCUCUGGCCACUGGUGCUUUUCUGAAGGGCCUCCAAUUCCCAGUGUGGAGCCAUUUGAAAAUCCCCUUCCUAACCACAUGGUUGGUGGAGGAAGAGAACCAGUUAUAGAUGUUUACACACACCCCAACCUCUCCAAGGUUCUUCCUUUACACGUUAUCACAACCCUCCCAGAAGUGGGCCCUCCAGUGUCUUUCACCUGGGACCUUGCAUUAGCCAAAUACACCACACGCACCAGUCUUCUGUGACAUAAGAAAGCUGUAGACUGGAUUAAUCACAACUCCCUGAAGACUAUUUAAAGCCAAAUACACUACUGAAAUACAUGCAUAUACUCUAUAUUAACACAACCAGAAACUCCACUCUCAACAGAUGUUUAGAGAAAGAAAUUCAGCAGACAAGUGAGAUGAAGCAAAACUGGCCAUAUCUGCCAUGGUGGCAUGGUCUUGGGCUCGAUGAGGACCCAAAAUACACCAAAAAUGUGAGAGACACAAGACAGGGAAAUGGCUGGGGGUGGUUCCACACAGACUGUUAACAGCCUCAUUAUAGCUUCUGUGGCUGUAACAAGGAACACAGUGGACAUGUGUUUAAAAUACCUGAGCGCACUAGGAAAGCUAGAAUUCAAGUCAACCGAAUAAACCUCAACACCAUAGAAAAGGGGAGACAAUGGGAAACCUAAGCACUAGACUUGUUAAAAAUCGAUGGGAUGGAACCAGGAGAUUCUAAGCAUAUUCUCUGGUGGCAGAAGUUGCAUGCAGGAGAUUUGUAAAUAAGAGAAAGUCAACAUUAGAAAAUGGAGAGGCAGGAUGAGCAAUUUCUGAUUCUAGUUCUUUCCUGUGUUCUAUUCCAUUCAACAGGCAUUGAUGAUGCUCUUGUACGAAAGGCAGUGGGCUAUGUGCUAACAGAAGGCAGCACCUGCCCACAAGCAGCUUACAUUUCACCAGGCAGGUGUAGCCAACAUUCACACAGGAGUCAAUAUAAGAAAACACGAAGAGAACAAUACAGUCUUCUGUUCCUACAAAGUUCCAUCUCUCAUUUUUUAGCCAGCACCAAGCAGUAUUUUCCGCCUGAUACCAAGUCAUUACCAGUGGCAAAUUGCCUCCCAACUCUGCCUUUGGCUCUCCUGACUUUGCCACAGUGCCUGAGCCUGCUGUCUCCCCUGGAACAUCCUUCUGUCAUGCUGAGGGAUUUCUUCUUCCAUUGGAGUUCUCAGGAGCCUUUGAGCGUGUCCCAGGGGGCUUCAAUCAUUCACAAAGAUGAGGCCGUUGGAUCAGAUCGCCAGACGCCCACAGCUGCACAAAACCUUGGAGGACUUGACUGGCAACUCUGUUUUGUCUUCAAAGACGAAGAGCUGAAGGCCCGGGGAGGCCAGGUGACUGGCCCAGGGUCGUCCCCCGUUAUGGGGUCCUCCGCCCCAGGGAACCCCCAAAAGACGCCUUCCAAGACCUCCCAGGACAGAUCCCACUUCUGCCUGGGGGAGCCCCGCGCCUCGGGGGCCCGAUGUGCAGUCUGUGCCUCCAUCUCCCACUCUGUACGAGGGGGGAUGGGCUGGCCCGGGCGCUCUUCGAAGCCCGGGGGAGCUCAGACCACUUCGCUCCCUGGCAGCCCCAAGGCCAGUACUGGGCAGAGGCGGGGCCAGGACUUAGAGGGGCGGGGCCGGAGGGGCGGGCCUCUGAACGAGGCGCGUUCCAGACCCUCCCUUGUUUGGCCGUUGCUAGGAGACAGGCUCCGUGGCCCCAUCCGGUCGGUGCCGGUAAGGGGGCGGGGUUUCAUGAGGAAGUGGGGCGUACGAUCUGGCCGGGAGUCGGGGGAGGGGCUGCUCGUUGGGAGGAACGCGGGGUGGGAGGCCGAGAGAGAGUGAGAGAGAGAGUGAGGGAAAGGAGGAGAGGAGGGAGG